AUGACUGCGAACAGGUAUCCGAACGACAUCGCGUUCUUCUCCGCGAACGUGUGGGAUGGUGCACACUUGACGCGCCUCAACGACUCCGGGUCCUCUGGUAUGUCUUCCACCGCCAUCCUGCGCAUGCCACCCGGGUUUAACGUCUUCAUCGUAGACUUCAAGUCCUUCCAGGUACCUGACCUUCUCCUCUUUGCCCCCGUUGGUGAUACAAGCCUUCUAGACGCGCCGGAAGACAGCAACGUCCAUCCCAGUCGCGCUGCCCGCUGGAGAGGUUGUAGAGCCUGCGCCUCCUUGCGCACACUGUCACCCAUGCCACUCUCUCGUCCACUUUCGAGUUCCAGCUCGCCAAAGGGCAAGGAUGAAGGCCAGUCGAUCGACAGAGCCCAGUUCGUGAAGAAUUGUCCUUAUCGUCCGUCCGUCAUCCGGUCUUCCUGA